AUGGCUCUGAAGUUCUUGAGGAAGAAAACAACCAAACUGAAGAGCUUCGUAAGGGAGUACAGCAUCUCUCUCUACCUGUCUCCCUGCCCCUUUAUCAUCAACAUGUUCGGCAUUGCCUUCGAGACAGACGACUACUACAUCUUCGCUCAGGAGUAUGCCCUGGCAGGAGACCUCUUCGACAUCAUUCCCCCUCAGGUGAGAUGAAGAGAAACAGAGAUGUAUUCAUCCGCUCUUACAAAAGAAGGCUCUCAACAUAAUGUCUGGAAUAUGAAUAACUGUAAAAGUUAUUUUAUUUCCAGCUGAAGGAUAAUAUACAGAUUUGACAUGAUAAAUGUUAAUGUGUAAGGUGAAUGUGAGAUCUAGGUGUUGUGUUUAGAAAUAGCUCUGAUAGCAACAUAAUCCAGGUCAUUAUCUAACCACCCGUCAUCCAUUGAAGACUAUUUUUAGAAAGUUAUUUUCUAUAACUAAUGUAAUACCUGAUAUCCCACAGGAUUAAAUGCAGUCAACAUGUACAGUGGAGAGUUACAUUAAAUCCUUGGCUUAUAGCUGAACACACAUUCUGAUGGAUGGUUUAAAUGUUUUACUUGCUGGUGGAUUGUUUGACCUCAGUGUGUAAUCUUCUCUGUUUAGGUGGGUCUUCCAGAGACGGUGGCUAAGCGUUGUGUCCACCAGGUGGCCAUCGCCCUGGACUACCUGCACUGUAAGAAGCUAGUCCACCGGGACAUCAAGCCUGAGAACAUCCUCAUCUUUGACAAAGAGUGCCGUAAGGUCAAGCUGUCAGACUUCGGCAUGACGCGGCGCGCCGGCUCCCCAGUGAAGCGUGUCAGCGGUACCAUCCCUUACACGGCACCGGAGCUGUGUGACGCCUCGCAGCACGAGGGCUUCUGCGUGGACUACAGCACGGACGUGUGGGCCUUUGGUGUCCUCCUCUUCUGCAUGCUCACCGGCAACUUCCCCUGGGAGAAGGCCCUGCCGUCGGACGCCUUCUACCAGGAGUUUGUGCGCUGGCAGCGGCGCCGGACGGGAACGGUGCCCUCUCAGUGGCGGCGCUUCACAGACGAGGGGCUGCGCAUGUUCCGCAGGCUCCUGUCCAUCGAGCAGGAGCGCCGCUGCUCCGUCAAGGAGGUUUUCAGCUACUUCAACCACCACUGGAUGCUGGACAAUGAGCCGGGUGGGAGUAACGCUGCGGGAGGAGGGUUGGGGGGCAGCGGGCCCCAGGUGGAGCUCAGCUCGUCGUCAUCUGAAGAGGACGUGCUGGUGGACAGGCUGAAGCAGCAGAGCCUGAUGGAGCCCAUAGGCGGACACUACUCCUCCACCAGCUCCCCUUCCUCCACCAGCAGCUACGAACGUGUCUCCCGUGACAACGGAGGGGGCGGACGCAUCCUGGUGGCCACGCCCAUUGAAAUCUGUGUGUAG